AUGAAUCGAGAUAUUCGUCUAGUUGUAGCUGUUGAUUUUGGCACAACCUUUUCAGCUUUUGCUUAUGCAAAUACACAAAAUCCCGAUGAUAUUGUCACCAAUGAUAGUUGGCCAGAACAUUCUGGUUCGUUCAAGACAAACACGGCUCUUCAAUAUAAUGACAAAUUUCAAGUUGUCAAAUGGGGUUAUCCUGCUCUUGCUCAAGAACCUUCUAGUAAAAAGAAGAGACGAUUACCAGAUGGCUCAGAGAAUAAACCAGUCGAAUUAUUCAAAUUAUGUUUGGCAUCUAAUUUAAAGCCUGAAGAAAAGCCUACACUCCCGUCAGGAUUAGAUCAUAAAAAAGCUAUUACAGAUUAUCUUCGUGAGAUGGGAAAAUUAAUAACAGAAACUCUUUCAUCUCGAUGGCCUGGUAUUAGAUUUCCUCAGCAAGUUCGCGUAAUAUUAACAGUUCCAGCAGAAUGGCACGAUGAGGCCAAGGCUAUUAUGCGUGCAUGUGCAUAUGAUUCUGGGUUGACGGAUUCUUUACGCUCGGAAAAUUUAGAAUUCACAACAGAACCUGAAGCCGCCGCUAUUCAUUGUAUAAGCAUCUUGAAAGAGCAUCAGUUGAACGUUGGAUCAUCAUUUAUGAUUGUUGAUUGUGGUGGUGGAACUGUGGAUUUAACCACACGUACAUUAUUGCCAGGAAAUAAGCUUGGAGAAGUUACUGAACGAGAUGGCGGUUUGUGUGGCAGUAGUUUUGUAGAUAGAGAAUUUGUGCGAUAUGUUGGACGUAAAGUAGGAAUGGGAGCUAUGAAUAAAUUGCAAAACAACAAUUAUGGCCAAUUACAAUACAUGAUUCAACAAUUCUGCAUUAAAGCGAAAUUCCCAUUUAAUGGUAACCUCGAGGAAUUCACUACCAAAGAUUUUGAUAUUGAGCGUAUUUGUCCUGCACUAAUGAAAUAUGUUACUGGUGUUGCGGAAGAACAAAUGGAAGAGGCCGAAUGGCUAAUUGAAUUAGAUUAUGCUGCCGUCAAAGCGAUGUUUGAUCCUGUAAUUGAUCAGAUCUUAACGUUAAUUCAAAAACAAUUGACUGCUUCUGAAGGACGGGUGCGUUGUAUGUUCCUAGUGGGUGGAUUCGCUGAAUCUCAAUAUCUACAAUUACGAGUAAAACAAGCCUUUAGUCGUUUCGUACCAACUAUCGCAGUUCCAUCACAUCCAAUUGCAGCAAUAGUACGUGGUGCUCUUGCGUAUGGUCUAAAUAUGGGAACUGUGCAAACAAGAGUGCUCAAAUGGACAUAUGGUGUAGAAGUCAGUUCUAAAUGGGAGAAAGGCGAUCCAGUAGAACGCAAAACUCCCUCUGGCCGUAUAUUUAGAUUCCAUAAAUUAGCUCAGCGUGGAGUUGAAGUUGGCGUGGAUCAAACCUUUAGAUAUACCGCUGGGCCAGUCAUAGCAACUCAAAUGGAUAUGACUUUUAAUAUAUACAUUACACCGGCCCUUAGUGCCAGAUAUUGUGAUGAAGAUGGAAUGAGAUUACUGGGAAAAAUGAAGAUUGAUUUACCUGAUCCACGUCUCGGAAAAAAUAGAUUAGUCGAAUUUUCGUUAACAUUUGGUACAAUGGAAAUCAAAGCAACAGCUCGUAAUGUGCAGAAUGGCGGAGUUUAUCAAACUACUUUUGAUCUAGAAUUUUAA